GGCCCGGCGAGCCACAGACGUUUCCGGAGGCGGUGUCUGACCGGGCCCAGCGCACGUGCGCAGGGGGCGGGACUUCCUGAACCCGCGGGACACUAGGAAGGGGCGCGGGGCAGGAUCUGACUUGGGGUGCGUGGGCUACCGAGUUACCCGGAGAAGCCUGUGGUGCUUCUGACUUUGGCGUCCCCCAUUUAAUUCACUGUACCUACCUCACGGCCUGGCUGGAGCGAUGAAGGUCCGAGGCCCAGCCCUGCGGCCAGUGGGCGGAGAGAGGUGGACGUGGCUAGCGUUAGGGAGAAGUAUUGUCUGGAAACCCUGGGCUCCCCACAGGCCACCAGCGGCCCCGUUCACCCUGAAGUCUGUUGCCUGAUAUUCUAAGAGGGCGCUGGGGCACGCUGGAUUUAGACUGCAGUCCUUCUGGGCCUCUAGUUCCUUAUCUGUAAAACGGGGUUAGUCCUCCCUACCUUCCACCGGCUUUGGGAGCAUCUAACGAUAUAAUUAGGGGAGAGUGCUCUUAAACGAAGAUGUUUUACCAAUAGUACUGCUGUUUUUAGGCAGUAGGGCCCAAUAGUUAGGAGCCAGAUUGGGUUUGAAAAUCCAGGCACUUCGCUUUGCUGGAGCUGGGCAGGUUGGGAAGUGUCGUUAUUUAAUCUUUCUGUGCCUCCGCUCAUUUUUAAGUGUGGAUAAAGAAUAGCACCUGCCUCAAAGGGCUAUUUUGAAGAAGCGUUACUGUUAUAAAGCAUUUGGAACAGUGCCUAAUGCGGUAAAUAAACACUCAAAUGAUAGUUAAUAUUAAAUACAACCUAUCUAAUCAUGACAUCCUCUUCCCCAUCCAUCCCCAGGCAGUUUAUAGAUCAAUCUUCCCUCUUCUUCUAUUGAAAAGUUCCUUAAUUUUUUCAAUGUUUAUUUAUUUUUGAGAGAGACAGAGAGCACGCGAGCAUGCGUGGGGUAGGGGCAGAGAGGGAGAGACACAGAAUCUGAAGCAGGCUGCAGGCUCUGAGCUGUCAGCACAGAGACGGAUGCGGGCUGGAACCCACUAACGACCUUUGUGUUGCAGCUGUAAUUAGAGAAUGUGGUCUUGUUACACUAUCACUGAAGAGCCAAACCCUGGAUGCAGAAACAGAUGUGCUAUGUGCAGUCCUUUACAGCAAUCACUACAGGAUGGGCCACCACAAGCCCCAUUUAGCCCUCAAACAGGUUGAACAAUGUUUAAAACGUUUGAAAAACAUGGAUUUGGAGGGUUCAAUUCAACAUCUGUCUGAGUUGUUUUCUUCCAAUGAAAAUCAUCGUGUAACUACCGAAGCAUAUGUCAUCCCUAGCCAACCAGUGGUUGAAUUGGUGCUCAUGAAGAUUUUGGGAGCCUGCAAGUUGUUACUUCGCCUCUUGGACUGUUGCUGCAAGACAUUUCUCUUGACUGUGAAACAUCUAGGUUUACAAGAAUUCAUUAUUUUAAACCUUGUGAUGGUUGGGCUGGUGAGCAGGUUAUGGGUUCUCUAUAAAGGUGUUUUAAAAAGGCUGACUUCUUUAUAUGAGCCAUUGUUUGGAUUGCUUCAUGAAGUCUCUAGGAUUCAACCACUGCCUUACUUCAAAGAUUUUACCUUUCCUUCUGAUAUUGCCGAAUUUUUAGGACAGCCCUAUUUUGAGGUCUUUAAGAAAAAAAUGCCCACAGCUUUUGCAACUAAAGGAGUAACUAAAUUGUUAAAUAAACUGUUUUUAACAAAAAAUCAAUCACCAAGGUCUAGCAAAGAAACUGUACACAGAAUUUCAAAAAAAGCUAAGCAAAUGAAGAUCAAUAUACAGAAUAAUGUGGAUCUUGGACAGCCAGUAAAGAGUAAGAAAAUCUUCAAAGAGAAGUCAUCAGAAUUUGAUUUGAGAGCUUUCUGCAAACAGCUGAAGCACAAGGCUAUUCAGGAGACCAGCGUUAAAUGUUCUCAGUCCAAACUAAAGGCAACCAAACAUUCUUCUCAGAGAGCAUCAGGAACUCCCUGUGCCAAAAGUUUUGUGCAAAGAUUUCGAGGGGCUAAGACUUUCACUCAACUUUCUGAAGAAAUCCAAAUGGCAAUUUUGUGGUGCAGGAGCAAAAAACUCAAGGCUCAGGCCUCCUUCCUGGGUAACAAACUUCUUAAAAGUAACCGGCUUAAACAUGUGGAAGCUCAAGGCCAUGGUUUACCAAAGAAACUAAAGUGCAUAAAAGCAUCUAUUUGCAACUGCCUUCUUCGUGGCUCAGGAAUCAAGACUUCAAAGCAUCAUUUGAGACAAAGAAGAUCUCAGAGUAGAUUUUUACUGGGACAGAAGAGACUGCAGAGAAAGUUGCAGUUGACUCUUUCAAAGGAAAUUCAACAGUCCCCUCAAGGGAUGCAGUAUGCUACAGAUAGCAGAAAAUGGAAACGCUCACACUGUUCAGUUCAUAGAACUGAUCUCUACCCCAACAAUAAGCAACUCUUGAGGAGCAGAGUUUCAAAUCCUGUCAUACAAACUAAAGAGAAACAAAUUCAUGAAAACCUUACAGGAAACAAUGAAAAUGAAACUAAUUCAUGGACAGUGAUACAAAUGAACAAACAUAAUACAUCAGGAACCAUUAAGGAGACAGAUGACAUUGAUGAUAUUUUUGCCUUAAUGGGUGUUUAAAUGCUCAUAUAUGAGACAUUUAAGUGCUUAACAAACUGGUCCAGUGUUCUGUUUUACGUGGAACUUGCUGAGUUCUGGAAAGAUUUGGAAAUACUACUUGGACUCAGGAGCUUAUUUAGUGUAACGCUGUACAGCAGUAAUGUCAGUUCAAUAAAUAUUUAUAGUA